AUGUUUUCGCGAAAUUCUCCACCUAGUCAUGUGGAAGAAUAUGAAAUGGUAGAUCAGCAAGAGUGGCUGGAACCAGAACGACUACCAGAUCUUGAAGAAUCCACUUCUGGACAAACACCUCUGGUUGAUUCACGAGGAUCCACUGAUUCAGAAUCAUCUGUAUUAUUUGAAGAUAUUGAGAAUUAUUCCGCAAGACAGGGGAAAGAUAUUGAUGACUUCAAUAUGAGCCCGACGUUUCAGAACACGUUUAUCAGAUAUAAGAAGGAAGGGGUAAAUGCAAAGGUAUGCUCUGCUAUAACAGCUUUUUUUGUACUUUUAUGGGUUGGUGGAAUUAUUGCAUAUUCCCAAUUAUCACCUUCGCAAUUGGCAUCUAAAUUAACUUGGCAAACUGAUGUUAGUGUAAGUGGGUCAAAUAUUACAUUAAAUAAAUAUGAUGCAAGUUUCAGAAACUUAACCUUACAAUCAUACUGGAAGGGACAUUAUGCUACAUUUCAAAAGAAGGUCGAUUGGCUUUCUCCUCAGCAAUACCCUAAAGAAGGAGGUACAAGUGGUGGUGGAUUCUACUUAACCAACAAAGGCAACGAAAUAAUAAUCAACCAAAUCAACACCAAAUAUGAAAAGGUUUUCUUGUCUAGUAUUCAAUUCGCAUACAGCAAUAAUUUCUUCUAUGUCAAGGAUUAUAUACUAAACCCAGCCAAAGCAAUCGAUGACAAGAAUGCCGUACAAAUUGUGAAAACUGACGUGCUUGAACAGUGGCGAAAACUGUCAUUCGCAUUAUAUUGGGUAUAUAACCCAAUCACAGGGGCAUUUACUCCAAUUCAACCACCGCCUUCCAGCAAGCGCAAUCUUGAAAAACAAGAAAUACUCGAGAAACUACAUUUUGCAGAAUUUUCACCUAAUGGGAAUUAUAUAUUGUUUGGCCACAAUCACGAUUUAUUCAUUUAUCAAGUGUCAAAUGAACAAAUCACACAAAUAACUCACGAUGGAUCUAAGAAUAUAUUCAAUGGUAAACCAGAUUGGGUAUAUGAAGAAGAAGUCCAGCUGAAGUUGUAUUGGUGGUCACCUAAUGAAAACAAUUUAAUAUUUGCCAAACUAAAUGAUACCAAUGUUGAUGAAGUCGAAUUGGAUUAUUAUAUUAAACCAAGUGAUGAAAUCGGAGCUCAAUAUGAUCAGCUGGAUCAGAAGAGUGUCGAAGGUGUGAAUCAGUACCCCAUACAUACAGCCUUCAAGUAUCCUAAACCAGGUACUCCAAAUCCAAUAGUUACUCUCUUCAAUUAUCAUGUUAGUGAAAAGAAGUUAGAUAAAUUAGAAGAUAAAGAUUCGUCGUUGGGUGAGGAAUAUAUCAUUUAUGAUGCUACAUGGAUCGAUGAUACCAAUUUUUUGAUCAAAAACACAGAUAGAACUAGUAGGGUACUUGCAAGAAAAUUGUAUCAACCAGGAUCAGAGAUUAAAGUAAUUAAUAUGCAAAAUGCGACAGCUGAAUAUAAUGGAUGGAUAGAGAAGCAAUUUCCAAUUACCGUUAUUCGUAACAAGGAUUCACCCGAAAACAAAUAUAUCGACGUUAUUGUGCAAAAUGGAAGAAACAGAUUAGCUUUGUUUGAUAAUGCAUCAUCAUCUUCACCAAAGAUAUUGACUGAUGGAGAAUUUGAUGUUAUAUCAAAAGCGGUGUUUGACCCGGUUGAAAAUUUCAUUUACUUUUUAACUAACACGAGAAGUUCAAUGGAUUCUCAUUUAAUGGGAAUAGACAUGAACGAUAGCAAGAUGACUCCAAUUACCAAUAUCGAAGAAGAUGGAUUUUAUGAAGCACACUUUUCACCUGAUGGGCAAUUUUUAAAUUUGUUUUAUAGUGGACCUGAACAACCAUGGCAGAAACUUUUCAAUAUGGCCGACAUCCAUGAAAGUGAGAAUAAGAAGGAAAUAAUUGUAAAGGCAAAAGCGAUAAACUAUUAUGAUGUCACAAAGACGAAUUUAAAUAAUGUGAAUAUUCCUACAGUGGUAUUCAAGGAGAUCAGGAUCGAUAAGGACAAGGAUGGUAAUCCAAUCAAACUUAAUGUUAAGGAAAUCUUGCCACCAAAUUUCAAUACUCAACGUAAAUAUCCAUUGUUUGUUCAUGUGUAUGGAGGACCUGGAAGUCAAAAUGUUCAGAAACAAUUCGAUAUUGGAUUUUUGAAUAUUAUAAGUGCGAAAUUGGAUGCAAUUGUAUUAGUGAUUGAUCCAAGAGGGACUGGUGGCAAAGGAUGGAAAUUUGCUUCGUAUGCUACCAACAAUAUUGGAUAUUGGGAACCAAGAGAUAUAACUACAUUAACCUCGGAAUAUAUUGCCGUGAACAAGAAGUUUAUUGAUAAGGACAAGGUAGCGCUUUGGGGAUGGUCAUAUGGUGGAUUCACCACGUUGAAAUGUUUAGAGUAUGAUCAUGGAGAAACGUUCAAGUUUGGUAUGGCAGUUGCACCAGUUACAAACUGGUUGUUCUAUGACUCGAUAUAUACUGAACGAUACAUGAACAAACCAGAUCAGAACCCAAACUACGAGAAACACGCCCAAAUCAAAGAUUUUAACCAAUUCAAAUCACCAAAACGAUUCCUUAUAGUUCAUGGAACCAGUGAUGACAAUGUCCACAUACAGAAUCUGAUGUGGUUUAUAGAUAGACUUACGUAUAACAAAGUGGAGAAUUUUGACGUGCAGAUAUUUCCAGAUAGUGCUCAUGAUAUCCUGUAUGAUAAUGCUGCACUGGUGGUUUAUGAUCGUUUGUUUAAUUGGGUUAGAGAUGCAUUUAUGGGGAAAUUUGAUUAA